UCAUCUACACGUGACAAUGCCCUCCCUACACAGUCACAGCCUACACUUGGUCGGCGAUUGUCACGUGUCAGUCAGGCGUUGAUCUUCGUUUUCCGACGUAAUACUUUCACUUUCUCGUCACCGAAAAUCCAUCAGAGAGAUCGGAGAUAUCAGAUAGAUCCAUUGCUAUGGCUCUCGAGCGUCACCACUUCUCUCUUCUCCGCGUGUAGUCAAUUAACUCCCGAGUUAUCAUGGGGUCGUCCUUCUCGAACCUCAACGGUGACACUAACGGUCUAGCAACCGGACCGAGUCUCGGAGAUAUACCGGAGAGCUGCGUAGCUUACGUGAUUCUUCACCUGACUCCGCCGGAGAUUUGCAAUCUAGCUCGCUUGAAUCGAGCAUUUCGCGGCGCGGCUUCGUCAGAUUCUGUUUGGGAGAAGAAGCUUCCAUGUAAUUACAAGGAUUUGCUUCAUCUAUUACCGCCGGAGAUGUAUCAGAGUCUCUCUAAGAAGGAUAUAUUCGCAUUACUCUCUCGUCCUAUCCGUUUCGACGAUGGUCACAAGGAAGUGUGGAUUGAUAGAUCGACAGGACGGGUUUGUAUGGCGAUUUCGGCAAGAGGAAUGGCGAUAACUGGAAUCGAAGAUCGUAGGUAUUGGAAUUGGAUUGCAACAGAAGAAUCAAGGUUCCAUGUUGUAGCCUACUUACAGCAGAUUUGGUGGUUUGAAGUAGAUGGAAUGGUGAGAUUCAAUCUUCCUCCUGGUAUAUACUGUCUAUCAUUCAGAAUACACCUUGGAAGAUUCUCGAAAAGGUUGGGAAGACGAGUUUGCCAUUUCGAACACACACAUGGUUGGGAGUUAAAGCCUGUGCGGUUUUCACUCUCAACUUCAGAUGGGCAAGAGGCGUCAUGUGAAUAUUACUUGGCUGAGAAAGGCGGUGAGGAAAUGGGUAUGGAACAAAAAGGAGGAGGAGAGUUCUGGAGAGAGUAUAAGGUUGGAGAAUUUGUUGUGAGUUGCUCAGAACCAUCAACCGAAGUCCGAUGGUCGAUGAAACAGAUUGAUUGCACACAUUCGAAAGGCGGGAUAUGUGUGGAUUCUGUCUUCAUCAUCCCAAUCGAUGUGAAGCAACGCAAGAAAAGGAAAGCUACUGUGAAAUAAUAGUUAGACAGAAGGAAUUGUACAUUUUUAGCUGCUAUCUCAUAGUAUUGUUAAAAAAGUUGUACCAUUUCAUAUCACCAAAUCGGAUUCAACAUGAACAUGUAAGUGGGUACACGUUGUGAUUACUAUUGAAAAUAGAUAGGCUUUGACAAUUCUAACU